UCAUGUAUUCUAAAGCGGAACUCAGGACGCGAUUUGCUCAGUUUCUCAAGGUUUAAGUUUGUAGUGAUACAGCUCAGUGCUUGGGAACAGAGCUCAUUGUGUACACCCAGGAAGAAGUAGAUGAAAUACCUGUUGUCGCCUGGCCAUAACACAAUGAUCGCGUCUGACAUCAAGCUGUUGCGUGGUAGGUCAAGUGAUCAUAUGAAUCUACAAUGGGCAUCAUUCAGAGUGGUGCUGUGGUAGAAUCUGUAAUAUUUAAGACCGUUCCGCGAUCCAUAGACUCCUCCCAUCACCACAGUGAAUUCCAAGAUUCAACCCACAACAUCUACCAAACUUAAUCAUCAUCAACAAAACUAACAACAAACUCCCACGAUGUCAGCAUCUCAAUCUUCUUCGUCAGCACAGGCUCCUCCUUCGGAUGUGGAAGCAUCGCGAGCAAAAAUUUCCGAAGCUAAGGCGCAGGCUUUCCGCCAUACGCUCGCCAAAUACGAUUUGAACGAAGACAUCUUGCAAAAAAUCCACGAUACAUUCGUCGAGAUCGCGAAGGAUGCUGGUCAGAUCAUGAAAGGAGCGGAACGAAAGUCCCUCAGCUCAGCUGCCAUCAAGGACAAUACAACGGACCUGGUAACUAAAUACGACAAGAAGAUCGAAGAGGAUGCACGGCUCAGGCUCCACAACGUCUUUCCCGCGAUCGAAUUCCUGGGUGAGGAGACAUUCGGAGCUGGUACCGUGCUCUCAGAUAAGCCCACUGUCGUGUUGGAUCCAAUCGAUGGCACCUUGAACUUCACCAGGGGUGUACGCUACUGCGCAGUAUCCAUUGCCCUUGUUCUCGAGAAGAAACCAAUUAUUGGAGUCGUGUACAGCCCUUUCGAGGGGGAGUUGUUCACUGCAAUCCGUGGUAAAGGCUCGCAUCGGACGAAGAUGAAUGAUGAGGGAUCCGUUAUUGAGAAAGUCCAGUUGCCAUUGCCGGAACAUUAUGGACGUCCCAUGCCAAACUUGAAAGGCUGUCUUCUCGGUUUUGAGUGGGGGCAUAAACGCGAAGGCCCGAACUGGGAUCUCCGCACGCAGGUCCUUAUAUGGCUCCUUGCCGCCAAUGGCGCAAUGUGCAAGUCCAUUCGUACUAGAGGCUCCUGCGCUCUGGACUUUUGUAACGUUGCUCUUGGAGAGUUUGAUGCAUACUGGGAUUGCGACGCCAAAGUCUGGGAUGUUGCUGCUGGGUGGUGCAUUGUCGAGGAAGCGGGAGGUAUCGUCGCCUCCGUCAAUCCUGGGGAUUGGCAGCCCACUAUGGAAGGCCGAGUGUACUUCCCGAUUCGCAAAGCCGAACCUGAAGAGCAGAAGGCAGUCGUUGGGGAGUUCUGGGCUCAUAUGGGCGAGCGCAGGUUUCAGUAUGGAGCUACAGGCACUCUCAAAGAUCCCGAGGAGCAGCCCAAGGAGCGCAAAACUUGGUUCUCUUACUUCCGUGCAUCUAUCUGGUAGACAAAGCUCUUCUCGGUCUGUUUCCCGGUA